CCGCCCGUAAAGGUCGAAAGGAGGGGAGCAAGACGUCUGAGCCCCACCGCCCAGAUCGUUUGCCAUCAUGCCUCACCAACCUGGCAUUCGACAACGUCGUCAAGGUGCUGCUGGUGCUCUUCCCCCUCUUCAUCUCAUCACCUCCUAGCCCCUCGCCUGGCGGGGAUUAACGUCAUGCCUACUCGAUCGUCGACCGCAAUCCCUCAAAAGGCAUCCCAUUCGUCCACGACGAAAGUCUUUGCUCUCCCUUCUCGUCACUCACCUCAGUCCAAGCGGACAUCGACGACAUCCUCUGGCGUCCUAGCAACCAUCAUGUCCGCCACCGGCUUGCUGCCAACCGUCAUUGCGGCCAAGGAGAGUCAUACCCAGGGUCCCUCGCCCAUUCCUUCGCCCAAGGUCGAUCCGCCAGUUGAUGCGCUGCAAUUGCCUUUGCCUCCUCUGGAUCUUCACUUUACCCUCACGCCGUCGACCGCCGCGCAGCAGCUUUUACGCUACUCUCGACAUGGGUCCCUCUUUGACGCAAAACCUGCGCAGGUUGGCAAGGGCGGCUUUGGCACGGUCUACCGCUUCGAGCGCGAUGAUGGUUUCACGCCCCCCGUGACUUUUGAAACCAGCUCGACCGCCUCCCCUGCUAUCGGUGCCAAUCACCUCAGCCCAGAGCAAGAUCACGGCUUGUCCCUGCCGGGCCCGUCGCCAGCCCUGACCACUGUCUCGCUCCCCGGUGAAGAUGGCGGAUCAGGGGAUAUUGGCCGACGAGCUCUCAAUCGCAGCCUGAGCAACCCAUCAACUGACCACAUAAUGCGUCCGGACUUUGGUGCAAGGCGUCAAGCCUCAACCGGCACUGUCCCAGCUGAUUCAGCUGUAAGUAACCGCCGCUCGGGCCCACCAGCCGUCAUCAUUGUCAAGGUGUGCCGGACGCCCGUGUCAGGCGCAUUCGACGAGAUGCCCAAGACGGGACAGGGCCGCUCCCUCGCCCACGCCGCAGAUGCUGCCCUAGCCAAGGGAGAUACAUCUGGCUUCCACACUCGAGUCGUAAGAGGAGAAGCUCGUCUCUUCCGCUUUUGCCAGAUUGUAUCGAAGCUCGACAAGCUCAGCUCGAACAAGACCGGCCUGGUGCGUCUACUUGCCGACUUGCCUUUCCCUGGCAAUGAGUCUCGCCCCGAUAUGACGGAUGCACAGAUGGAGGAGGAGACCGGGCCAGUUCCACGUCUGCUCGCCUUUGAACGUUUGGUGGAGCUGGACGCGCAGCUGACGUCGAAGGGCUGGCAAAAGAGGAAGAGGGAGUGGUCGCAUCGUGAGGUCGAGGAUGUCGCACGCGAUGUUGCUGCGGGGCUGGCUUUCCUUCACGCCAAUCAUAUUGUCCACGGCGACUUGAAGCCAUCCAACAUGAUGCGCGAUGCCCGCACGGGCGCAGCCAAGAUCAUCGACUUGGGAGCAAGUCGCCGCUUCGUCUGUGUCCCCAAUCUCUACAAGGAUUCGACCACCGCCGUCGAAGAAUUCGACCGCUUCCUCGAAGAAGGCACCGUCACACCUCAAGCGCCGCACAUGGUGCACACUGAAGGCCUCGGCUCUCUGACUGGCUCGCCCUUCUUCAUGGCACCCGAAGUUCUUCUUCAAGCAGGCCGCUACGUAGACCAUCGCCAUAUCUCUCGCUCCGUCCUUGACGACUACGUGCGCCACAAGGAGGCGUACUUUGCUCCUUCGCAGAUCCCGCUCUUCGAUGCGGCGUACAGCGACUUCAAGCGCGGAUGGGGCAUCAAGAGCGAUAUCUGGAGCUGGGCUUGCACGGUGCUCUCUCUCCUGCUUCGCUUGGCACCUCAUGAUCGUCGCAAGCCCUCGGACACGGUCUGCGCCUUCAGCUUCAAUUUCGAUGACUUGACCGACAUGACAGAGCCUCGUCAUCGCCUGCACAGAUGCGAGCACAACUUGCCGCGCUUUCAUGAGUGGGCGAGGCGCUUCCCACUGGUGUUGAUGAAGACUACUUUGGCCGGCGUCCCACUGCCACCCGAGACAGAGGGUCUCUCUCCCGCCUGCACCGAGAUGAUGCGCAUAGCCUUCCAGCACCAAGAUGCUCGCCCAACAGCCAACGCCAUCCUCAAAGCCCUCACCUCAGCCGGCAGCCGCAACUUGGCGUCGCACAAUACCUCAAAUCUCCUCGCAGCUCUCAAAGCACAACGUCGCACCUCGCUGACGCACACGCUGGGCGGCGGCGAUACGGACGGCAAUGUCUCUCACGCCUACUCGAUCCACAAUCGCGACGUGUCGGACAGCCGCAGCGUGAAGUCUUCCGCGGCGUCGAUCAAGUCCCAGAUGACGAUGAGCGACUGCUCGGCGCUGCAUCCUUGCUCAUUGCCUUCGCCUACGAGGCGCGACGGCAGCAUCGCCACGGACGAUGGAGAGUCGAUGCUCUGGAUCUCAGAGGCAGAUGUGGUCGAGCCACCCCCUGCGGCUGAUGCGGAGAUGGCUGAGGCCAAUCCGGCUGGGCAGCAGGCAGAGACCGCUACCCAAUCUGCCACGGCAGCAGCUCCCACAAGUGAGGCAGCGGAUGGCACCAAAGCCUCCCGCCGCAACUCGAUCAGUGCGGCCCUCAUGUCCAAGACGCGCAAUGCCGUCAAAGGUCUGUUGCCGAGCCACCAGAAGAGCAGGGAAGGGCUACGCCACGCCGCUGCUGCAGGUGCAGGCAGCGAGAUGUCCGACGGCGGGAGCGAAGGCGCUCGCACGACGCCCACGAUCCCACAGGGCAGCAGCCUGGGCACACCAGGCUCGGACGUCAAGCACACAGAUGAACGCCGUUUCUCCUCUCUACUGCGUGCAGGCGGCGGGCGUAAGUCGCUGAGCGAGGGGCGAACAGGCUCACCGCAGCAACCUCCUGCCGAUCCGCCCGCCUCACCUCGUACGAGGACCUCGUUGCUCGGGCUCAACAGUCGCUUCCACCGCAAGAGAGGAAGCACCAUUGUGGCAAAACCGCCCGAGGUGCAUGUAGAGCAGCCUUCCGGUGAGGAGCAACCUCAGUCGUCGACCAUGUCCGCUCCGGUAUCCUCGUCCGCCGUAGGCGAUCUCGGCUUGCAGGGCCUCCCGACUGCAGGCUCCGAUGGAGACACAAUGAUGGUCGACGCUCCUACUGCUGCUGCCAGCGAAUCGAUGGUUCCGCCAUAUCCAGAGCCAAGCAGCAAUGCCGUUGAUCCUCAGACAGAUCCCAAGACGCCUACGGCUGCGACAGCCGCGUCCAAGAUCUCUACGUCCGCCUCAGCGCCGGUCUCUACGGUCAAAUCGAGGAAGAGGGCGAGUACUAUUGAGAGGAUUGGGAUGACGUUGGGUAUUGGGUCGAGGAAGGAGGGAUGAGGGAGUUUCCUGACGCGAUACCACCGCUGGACGACCCCGAACUAUCCACGAACGCUUUUACUCUGUGUGCUCCUCCGCUUCUAUUCCUGCUACUCUAUCUUGGGCCCAUCUUGCUACCUUUGACGACAACGACGACGACAUGACCUGUUGUACUCCAAUUGCGACGUGUCCUAAUGUGAUUAUUAUUCAAGACUAAAUGCUGCCUACUGAUUGUUCCGCUAAUGCU